AUGGCGGCGAAGUCGCUUGUGCACACUGCGUUGGAGUACAGCCUGCAGAAGUACCUCCUGCUGCUAGCCACCAUGGUGAUUACCGUCACUUACGCCGCUGGCUUCAACCCGCCAGGAGGCGUCUGGCAGGUGACCCAUGAGGGCAAACUUGCCGGCGACCCCAUCAUCCUCGAAACCCACUACCACCGGUACCUCUCCUUUUACUACUGUAACGCCACUGCAUUCGGUGCAUCCCUCGUGGUCAUCGUCUCCAUCGUCAUCUUUACCGUCCGGCACAACAAGGAGAAGGAGAGGGGGGAGAUGGACCCCUUACAGCCCGUCAUGCUGCUGCGGGUCUUCAUGGUGCUAGUCGUGCUCAGCCUCAUGGGCGCCUACGGCACCGGCACAUGCCGGGACAAGAGCUCCACCGUCUACUUUGUGGUGCUGGUGGCCGCCGUCUUGCUCUACAUCCUCGUUCUCAAGUUGAUGGACUACUGCUGGGGCAAGAACUCCGACUCCGGCGGCACGAUUCCAGCCCACAUCCUCAUCUCUGACCCCACAGUCAGAGAAGAGGAGGAGCGGCUCCGCCACCGCCAGGCCCUGGAGAAGCUCAAAGCCCAAGAACGGCUCCGCAAGCUCCUGAUGCUCCUGGCGACGUUCGCGGUGAGCAUCACCUACUCCGCCGGGCUGAACACUCCGGGUGGCUUCUGGGACAGCACUGGGGGCGGCCACCACCCCGGCGAUGUGAUUCUCAAGGACCACCACAACGUGCGCCUGACGGUAUUCUUACUCUGCAACACCACGGCGUUCGUGGCGUCCCUGCUCAUCAUUAUGCUGCUCAUCGUCAACAGCAGGAAGCUCCAUGCUCUGUCUCUCGUGCUCUAUGCGUGCAUUGUCGUCACGCUUGUCGGCCUCGUCGGCGCAUAUGUCGCUGGCAGCAGCAGGAAGACCAGUACCACCGCCCAGGUGGUCGGCCUGGCCGGCGGCGCCGUGGCAUUGGCAUACAUCCUACGCUAUACUUUACCGUCAAAAUCCUUGUCUUGUUGUUCCAGUGGAGAAACACGAUUUCCUGCAACUCACCACAGUGCUGGGGAGGCUCUGGACAAGGCUCACCCUCUUGUUGUACUCCUCGCCACUCUUGCCGCCACCAUCACCUACACAGCAGGGUUGGACCCGCCGGGUGGCCUUUGGCAGGACGACGGCGACGGGCACAUGGCCGGCGAUCCCAUCCUCCUCACGACCAACGCUGGGAGGUACAGGGCCUUCUUUUACUGCAACUCCGUUGCAUUCGUGACCUCCUUGGUGGUCAUCGUCCUGGUCCAGAUGGGGAAUCUGGUUAGGCACCGUCUGCUCUUGACAGCCAUGAUACUGAACCUGUUUGGCCUUAUUGGUGCGUAUGCUGCCGGGAGCUGCCGGGACGUGAGCACCUCCAUUUACGCCAUGGCCUUGACAGGUGCCGUCCUGGUCUAUGUGGUGAUGCAUAUUGUCUUCUUCACGCUGGACCACAAGGACAAGAAAGACAAUUAUCAAGAAGAACAGUUGCUGGAGAAGAGGCGCAAACGGUUGCUCCUCUUUGCGGUCUUGGCAGCGACCAUCACCUACCAAGCCGGCCUCACCCCUCCCGGCGGAUUCUUGCUCCAAGACAAGCUCGGGCACCACGCUGGCGACCCGGUCCUCUUGUACAACUACCCGCGCCGCUACAAUGCCUUCUUCUACUCCAACUCGGUGAGCUUCAUGCUGUCCAUCACCCUCAUCAUCCUCUUGGUGAACCCCAACCUGUAUAGGCCAGCCAUACGUAGCAAUGCGCUAUCUGUUUGUAUGGUGGUGGGCUUGUUUUGUUCUAUGGGGGCCUACGCUGCCGGAAGCACGCAACACCGCAAGAUGUCCAUUUACGUCUUCUCGUUGGUGGCCGUGGUUCUCUACUCUGUACUCGCACUGCUGCUAGUAUUUUUACUGAGGCGGGAUUUGGAUUGGGACGAAGAACAAGGGAAGAAGGUUAAAGAAAAGAAGUGGGAUUGGGAUCAAGAAGAAAGGAAGAAGCAUGCGAGGCGCAAGAACCUGAUGCUGCUAGGCAUUCUGGUGGCGAGCGUAGCCUACCAGGCCGGGCUGAAACCGCCUGGCGGGGCGUGGCAGAGCAACGACAACGGGUAUGAGGCGGGCAACCCAGUGAUGCACGACAUGAGAAGUCCCCGGUACCUCGCCUUCUUUUACAGCAACUCCAUUUCCUUCAUGGCCUCCAUAGUUGUCAUCGUCAUGUUGCUACCGCGAUGGCUGCCACAUAAGAAGGAAGAAGAAUGGGAGAAACGGUCGCUGAGGGUGAUGAACUGGACGAUCCGACUGGGUUUGGUUACUCUCCUUGUUGCCUAUGCAGCCGGCUCCAACAGGGGGUGGAAGACGUCUGUUUAUGUCGUCAUGCUCAUCCUUGCUGUGCUGGGCUACUUUGCAAUCCAUAUAAUACUAUGGCGUAGCAAACUCAGAAGGAGAUUUGCAGCGAGAAGACCCGAGGCAUGGCUUCUGCAGCGUAGCUAUAGUAUGUGAGAGCAAUUGCUCGUCUGAGCUGAACGUUUUUGACACUAGUGUAGUGUUAAAAACGUUCUUAUAUUUUGGGACAGAGGGAGUAUUUAUUUAUUCCUAUCUCUAGAUCUCUAAUCACCUUCCCUCUUUCUAUUUGCUCAAGGGUUUCAUCAAAAAGCUUCCCUGUUUCUAGAUUCCUGCUCUAGUUGAUGU